CGCUCAGCCGCCGUACCGCCGCACCUCGCGUACUACGACGGACAGCUCAGCUGCUAGCCAAAUACGCGUUAAACGAUCGUCUCACGAGUUCAUUCAUUCAUAAUCGCGUAUUAACGCUGUUUUAACUUUUUGAGUGUUUUCAGUACAAAUAAUUUUUAUUUAAUAAUAAUUGAUCACUUAAAAAAAAUGAAAACAAUUUCGUAACGCAACGGUUGAAAUUCAAAAAUAAAAAAUUCGGUGCAAAAAUUUCGCUGAAAGAAAAUGCAUAAACGAAAACAAUGUUUGGGCCGGUAUCGGUGAGAUGUUGGGGGGAGAUUAGUGUUGGACUGUGGUACUGAGAGUUUUCAUGGAUGUGGAAAGCGCGGAGUGUUGGAGGGCCGGGGGUGACAGGAUGGUGGCCGAGGAGAGCAAGACUCGGGCGACGGACUUCUCCAUCGCGGCGAUCAUGGCCCGCAGCGGCGCCGAGCCGCGCAGCCCCGUCGCGCACACGCCGCCACACACCGGUUCGGUAUCCCGGCAGAGUUCCCCGGCGUCGCUCAGCUCGCCAGGGUCGAGCUGCCGGUCCCCCCUCCCGGACGAAGAUGUGGAGGUGGACGUGGAACAGUGUUCUGACGGCGAGAGGGACGCGUCUGACCACGCCGUGCCUUCACCCGCCCCUUCUUCUGAACUAGGAGAGAGGGACACGCCAUCACCGGCGCGGCCGCUCCCGCCCGCCACCUCCUGCAACUGCGAGGAGUUGCUCUCCGUAGACUGUCAGCUCGAGACCAAGGAGCUGUGGGACAAGUUCCACGACCUGGGCACCGAGAUGAUCAUCACUAAGAGUGGGAGACGCAUGUUCCCGACGGUGCGCGUGUCGUUCGCGGGGUGCCGCGGCGACGCGCGCUACGCCGUGCUGCUGGACGUGGUGCCAGUGGACGGCAAGCGCUACCGCUACGCCUACCACCGCUCCUCGUGGCUCGUGGCUGGCAAGGCGGACCCGCCCGCGCCCGCGCGCCUCUACCCGCACCCCGACUCGCCCUUCUCCGGCGACCAGCUGCGCAAGCAGGUCGUCUCCUUCGAGAAGGUCAAGCUCACCAACAACGAGAUGGACAAGAACGGACAGAUCGUGCUAAACUCGAUGCACCGGUAUCAGCCCCGGAUCCACCUCGUGAAGGUUCGAGAAGGAGGUGGACCCAUCACGGACCUGACGCGAGAACAGCACAGGACCUUUGUGUUCCCGGAGACGGUGUUCACUGCCGUCACCGCUUACCAGAACCAGCUCAUCACCAAACUGAAGAUAGACUCCAAUCCUUUCGCCAAGGGGUUUCGGGAUUCAUCGCGACUGACGGAUUUUGAUAGAGAUCCGAUGGAGCUGAUGUUGAUGGAGCAGCAGCUGUUGCGGUCUCCGCUGCGGCUGUACGCGGGCGGUGCUGAUGAGGAGGCGGAGAAGCGCGCGGCGUGGGCGCGCUCUCCCGCCGCACUGCAGCUCCUGGCGCUGGGCGGCCGCGCCUGGCCCUCCGCCUGGCCGCAGCCGCUGGGGCUGCCGCACGACCUCUGGCUGCAGAAGCCCCCCGCACCACUCCGCUACUGCCCCUACCCGCCCCCCGCGCACCCUAACGCGCCACCCCCGCCGCGCCCGCAACACUCGCCCUCACCUAGACAUCCACUGUGAACAGGCUUCGAUGCUCUUCCUUGGACUGUGUUUCCUUAGCCGGGUUAGGUGCAUACCACGGACACUCACUGCCAGCCGGUAACCGAUGAACUGACAACAUUUUGAUGAAGGAAUUCAGUUCAGGCCUGUCCUUAAACUUGACAAAGUAAGUGGCAGGUCCCGGGUUGUAACGAAAACGUGCUGUGACGACCGCUCCAUCAUUGUCGAGUUCUCGUAGUAGCUCGCCUGACUGUAUUGUGAAUGAUGUGACCGGCUAGAAAAAAGACUAUUUAUUUUAUUUAAAGUGAGUUUCAAAUUAGUACCUUAUUAGACGAAUGUAUGUAACUGAGUAGUUUAAGAGGUUGUCGAUAGGUAUAAUGUGUACUUUAAAACAUAAUUUCAAGGUUCCUACCCGAAAGUAUAAUAUUGAAAAGUAAAUGAUAAUGUAGAGUGAAAUAAAUAUUAAUAAUAGUUACCUGCACAUAUUAGUAUGUUCUUUAAACUGUAAUUUUUGUUAAAAUAUUUCUGAAAAUCGUUAUUAUAUUAAAUGGCUUACUUAAAUAUCAUAAUUAUUUAUAGAAAACCAAAGACGAAAAGUAAAAUUCAUAAAAUAUGGCUGAAACAGUGAUUUGUAUAAAUAAAACAUUCCAUGUAAUCUGAAAUAUUCCAAUAAUUUAUUAUAAGCUAAAUGUAUAUUUUGCGAUACGAGUUUGUUUUCAGCAAGCAUAUCGAUUUGAUGACGUACGAUCAGAUUUGGCGACGCGAUCCUUUCCCAACUUACAAACGAAGGUUUAUUGAUCGUUUUGGAUUAUUGAACCGCACUUAAAGCAAGGUUAUCGUUAGAUCAGGAGAUUACGCUCACAUUAACAUUUGGUAAUCUGUCUGUCUUGCUGCGACCUGAUGGAUAAACCUGAAUUAAUAAUGAUUUUGUCAUAAGUAGUUACUUAAAAUAUGAACUCGUUCCUUUAAAAAAAAUUGCUACUUAACAUAUUGAAAGAUGUGAUUGCUAAAAUGCUUUCCUGAGCCUGAAUGUCAGGUAUAUUAAAAUCCCUGAGGGUUGCGUUACAUUUGUUAAUCAUAUUUUAAUUG